CCUCUGUCCGGUGUUGGAAAUAUCCAUGCUGGACGACCGCUUUACGGACAAAUACUUCGGUGUUGCCAUAACUAUGGCCGAAAUUCCUUGUGAAAGAGGAAGUUGUGAAGAUGUCGCAGCAAUGAUGACAGAAAUUAGUAGUCGUAAGCUUCACUACACAGGACCACGGGCUGCACAAAACUCUGUAAACCAAGUAUACAACUACAUUGAUUUCCGGCAAGGAUACACUGUGUUGCAACUUCUAAGGUGUCUACCUGAUUUCCGCUUCAGAAUGUACAGGAAUAAUAUGGUCCAUGGAAUAAUUGUUAAUUUGGAAAAUUGUUUAUCGGAAGUAGAAAAACGUCACAAGCAAAUGUAUUACAAUUCUCCAAGUGAGCUGAUCGAUGAACUAAACAAAGCCAUAGAUGAUGCUGUAGGAAACAUCUUGAAGUACCUAGAUAUCGUUCAGUAUUCCAGUUACACCUCUGGUGAUGACGUUUUGCAUCCAUUUACUACAGAAUUAGAUCAGAAACAGCUUGCUUUGCAGAAGGAAGAAAUUGAAAAGAUAUAUCACCAAUUGACAAAUAAGGUCCCAGGGUCUGUAACGAAUCUAAUGCAGACAAUGAGUGCCAGUUUUAAUCAAAGUAGGUCGGAUAACAAAAAAAUUGUGAAGAUUCUGUUAGCUGAAACUAAAACGUUGGCAAGAAAUCUCAAGAAUAUUCUCUUCCAGAAUCCAGAAGGUUGGCCAGAUAUAGUUAUAUGGCUGUUGAACGGGAGAUCCAGAGUCGCGUACGCCAGGGUAUCACCUUCAGAUGUCAUUUUCUCUGUCAUUCCAGAGCAAUGUGGACGAAAUUGUGGCGCUAUACAAACUCUAUUUUUCAAGCCAUUAAAAUGCGCGAAACACUUAAAUACGACGUCUGCUUGCUAUUGCAUCGCUGGCAAGGUGGAACUUCUCUUCUGGAUGGGUCUUUACAGGCAAAAAUCAGCCUUUAACACGGCCGUACCUGAAGGCUAUACACUCAAAUACUAUGAUUGCGAAAUGUGUUUAACGUGUCCUAGUCUUGUGUUAGAAUGCAGAGUCUUUAUAUUCAAAGCGAAAUUGACUAACGUUGAUAGCACCGUUAACCACAUCGGCACGUUUGUAAGAGUGAACACAUUGACUUCCGUCAAAGAAACUAAGACACAAUUGAGAACCCCAAGUCCAGUAUGGAAACAAGUGUUGAAGCUACAGAAAACGGUGCCGAUGAGUCAGCAGAGACUGGUCACCAAUCCGCCUGUUGUUCUCAUUGAAGUGUUUGAAAUUGACGAAUUGACAAACCGAAAGGAACUGAUCGGUCGUUUUCAAAUUCAGCCUGAGGUAGACGACGCUAUGAAUAUGAAAAUUGCUCCAAAAUUGCAGUGGUAUGAAAUUUAUAGAGGAGUGGAGUACACUGGACAGAUACUGAUGUCUGUGCAAAUGAUAAUGGUACCAGAAAAAUUAGUAAAAACGACUAGCUACCCUGAUGUUGAUGACAUGGCAUCUGUGAAGUGUCCAGAAGUGGAACAUGAUCUUUUUGAAUCAUUGCCGAGCUUUCUUAUACCAAGUUCUACAACGUACAAAGUGGACGUAUAUUGGUGGGGUCUAAGAGACGUGAACAUCACCAGAAAACCGUGCGUUGUUUUUGAAAUAGACGAUCUAAUGCUGAAAUCUGAUAUAAUUGUUGAUAAUAAGGCGAACUGCAACUUUCCAAAAGGCCGUAUUUCUGAGGUAUUCGAAUCUCUCAUAAGUGAUGUAUACAUGCCAACUUUAAGUAUCAGAUUGUAUGACAGCAGCACAUUUGGAAGAACCCUCUUUUUGGGAACUAACGUGGUCAAACACCCAACGAAAUACAUCGUUAAUUGGUUAUCUCAAAACGAAAGAGAGAAGUCGUUAUAUACAGCAUCGAUUUAUUCGAAUAUUUUUUAUCAAAUCAAUCAAACUUUGUUGGUAAAGAAAUCUUCUAAAUCAGUGGACAUCGAAGAUAAUUCAAGUGUUACGAGUGUUCAGCCGCAUGUGAAGAAGUCAAAGUUCAAUAAAUGGUUUUCUUCGAAGGAACCAUUAGAGGAAGAGUUCACUUUAUUGCCGGUUUACACGAAAGAAAAGGACCGUAUAAAAGUCGUAAAGAAAGUAUCAAGCAUUGAUUAUAACAACGACUGGUGGACCAGAUUCUUCUAUUCAAAUGACGAGGAGACCACCGAAGAUAAUCAGAUAACAAACCACAUCACUAUUUAUAACUCGGAAUUGGAAGCACAACCAGAAUUUUCAAGAUUUAAGGACUGGUGUAGUACAAUGAAACUUUACAAUGGAAAAAAGUCUGGGAUACCGGAUAAAGAUGACGAUCUACACUGUGGAUAUUUGAAAGCUGGCAUUGCGAUUUAUAAAUGGCCUCCUCCUGAUAAUACUGUGGCUGUCAAUGAAUUUGGAGUUCCAUUAAAUCGAGGAGUUUUCGCUGAGUAUCCUAACAAUAAUCCCACAAAACACCUGGUCAGAGUUUACGUGGUAAAGGGAUUGAAUUUAACCCCGAAAGACUUUAGCGGCAAGUCCGAUCCUUACGUGGUUCUUAAUUGUGGCAACAAGAAACUUGGCGAUAGCAGCAGCCAUGUAUCUAAAUCUAUUGAUCCCAUUUUUGGGAGAAUGUACGAGUUUCACGCCACGUUACCAGAAGACUACCUUCUCAGAAUAUCACUGUACGAUUACGAUGCAAUUUCUUCUGAUGAACUUAUCGGAACUACAACUAUUGAUCUGGAAGAUCGUGUCUAUACCAAGCAUAGAGCAACAGUUGGAAUUGGUGCGGAAUAUACCAGAUGGUGGCACGACUGCAAGAAACCGUCUACCAUAUUGGAAGAGUUGUGUAAAAAGAACCACAUACCACUUUCUCUGUAUCCUGAUAAUGCUAGUGUUUAUGUCAACGGAGUCGAAUACAGAGAUAAUAAUUUGACAGAAUGGUGGCUUGUAAUUAUGUGCCGAGACAGUCCGUACUGGGACAGCCGUGUCGCUCAUAAAAAAAGCACUUUCUUUAUGCACUUUUUUCAGCUAAUAAACAAAGAGCAGGGCCCAUUUUUAGAAUACGAAGAGUAUCUGGCACCUGUGUUGACUGUUCAACUUCUCGAGUACGAAACGGAUGAGCUUUUAGGAUCGCUAACACAGAACUUAAAUUCAUUGCCACGAGGAGCGAAAUUGGCAGAGCAGUGUGAUAAGGUGUCAAUGGAGAAUUCGAAAAAAAUUAAUUUGUUCGCUUUGAAAUCCAUUCGAGGCUGGUGGCCUUUGAGCAGUUCUAGUUCAAACAAUGAAGAAGAUCUUACUUUAAUUGGUGUAAUAGACUUGGAGUUGACGUUGCUGCCAAAAGAAAAAGCGUUGCUAAUGCCCGUUGGACUUGGAAGGGACGCGCCGUCUCCUUUACCAGACCCAAAUCGUCCCGAUUCAGGUUCGACGAUUGGCAAAUGCUGUGGAGUGAUGAAGUCAAUUUUGAAGACAGUAUUUUGUUGGUACACGAUUGCUUGCUUGAUUGUCACUGUCCUGAUCGUCGCUUUUUAUGAAUUUUAUGAAUACAUUUUGGUGCCCUGGGCUAGAAUCAAAAUUGGUUAUUACAGAAAUCAUCCUCGCGCAGUGGGAUUAACGGACGUUAUAUCCUUAAAAAUGUUUCCCCUUGAACAUGAUAUAACUGCCUGAUGAAGAAGUUCAACAUGGAGACAGUGUCAGAGUUUCCGUGUUGAGGAGGCCGCUCACUCACGCCAUUUUCACUCUUAUUACAUAAACAUAAAGGCGCACUACUAAUUUUCAUACAAUAUUUAGAAGCGUAGUUGCACUGCCCAAUGUAGUGACGCGCGUGCCAUUUUUGCACAAUAAUGCAGGGUUUUCACUAUACGAGUCUACUCUCGGACUGAGUCCCCUUUGAUGACCAGUAUUGCCAACUUACCGGCGUUAUCACUAAAUUUAGCAACGUUUAGACUUCAAAAGCGACAUUUUAUUUUUAUUAAUUCUAUUUAGCGACUUUUUUGUAUAUAAUUUUUUUAAAUGAAAAAAGGUCAUGUCAGAAUAUUGAAAUACA